AUGAAGCGGAAGCGGGAGUCAAAAGAGCCGGCAAAGUCUGCGAAACCGACACAGAAGCCGGAGGUGAAGGUCACUGCAUCGAGCAGAGUAGAAAAGGAUGCGGCAAAUCGGGCUGUGAAGAGAGUCAAGAGCACGAAGAAUGGCGGCAGAGGAGAAUCUACGAGUGUGCCAGCAGUGUCAGCAGGAGACAGCACUGUCGUUGUUCUUGGUGAUGCGCCGGUGACGAUACAGAUUGUGGCCGGGUCAUACGACCGCACGCUGCACGGGGUCACAGUGACGAUUCCGCGCGGCGACAGCAAAGCAGUACAGUUUGCGGACACAUUCCUAUUCAACGCACACACGUCUGCGAUCCGGUGUCUGGCGUUGUCGCCGCCAUCAGUGGCAGUGCCGGGACAGGGACAGAAGGUGAUGCUGGCGACGGGCAGCACGGACGAGCGGAUCAACGUGUACAACCUAUCAGCACAUCCGGCGGCGGCGUCAGCGAGCGCAGCCGGAGAGGAGGAGCGGCGGCUGAUGGCAACGGUGGUGCCGGGGCCGGUGAUGGCAAUUGCGGAGAGCAGCAAGAACCGGGAGCUGGGCACGCUGCUACACCACGCGUCCACGGUGACGCACCUGUCGUUCCCGACGCGGUCGAAGCUGCUGUCGGCCUCGGAGGACUCGACGAUUGCGGUGACGCGAACACGGGACUGGUCGCUGCUGUCGACGAUCAAGGCGCCGGUAGCCAAGCCGGGCACGGGUGGCAGCAUCCGGCGGCCCGCGGGCGACACGGCCGCGCCGGGUGCGACGCCGUCGGGCGUCAACUUCUUUGCCGUGCACCCGAGCAUGAAGGUCAUGCUCAGUGUCAGCCGCGGCGAGCGCUGCAUGCGUCUCUGGAAUCUGGUCACGGGCAAGAAGGCCGGCGUGCUAAACUUUGGCCGCGACCUGCUGCGCGACCUGGGCGAGGGCAAGCAUGCGCCGGGCGAAGGCCGUCAGGUGCUGUGGGGACGGACGUUUCCGAGCGACAGUGACAGUGACAGCGACGACAGCGCGCCCACAGACGAGUUCGCCAUCGGCUUUGACCGCAACGUCGUCGUCUUCGGCAUGGACAGCCUGCCGCGGUGCAAGGUCCUGGCCGACGCGCGGACCAAGACGCACGACUUUCAUUACGUCGAGGUGGACAGCGACGACAACAACAGCAACAACAAAAACAAGCCGCUCUCGGUCCUGGCUGUCGCUACGGAAGAUGGCCGGAUCCUGCUGUGCUCGACACGGCCAGACGACCUGGUGCCGGCAGCGGUGGCGGACGAGACGACCGAGCAGCAGACAGAACGCAGGACGGCGUCGUCUGCUGCGCCGCUGCCGUGUGCCCGCCUCGUCGGCCAUUUUGGGGGCAAGGCGCUGGGCAUCCAGGAGCGGAUCAAGGCCUUCAAGGUGCUGACCGUGAUGGAGACCGCGCCCGGGGCAAAGAAGAAGACACAGCUGCAGCAGGUGUUCUACAUUGUCACGGCGGCCAGCACGGGCGCGCUGCGCAUCUGGCGGCUCCGGGGGGGGGAGCUACGGCAGGCAGUCGAGAGCAGCCGAGACGCCGCGGAAGCAAACAAGGAAGCCGGUCGCCAGGUUGGCCAGCUGCUGGGAACGUACCAGACGCCUGAUCGCAUCACGUGCAUGGAGGCGUUUGUGAUGAUCCCGCGUCCAGACGGUGUGGACGAGAGUGAGGACGAGGAGCCGAGUGUGGACGAGGAUGAGGAUGAGGAUGAAGACGACGAAUGA